AGUUCAAGUUUAAGCACGGUGCCCUGAGAUAAAGAGCACAAAGUACGUUAUGGGGCUGCCCCUUCCUCCUCAGCACGGCACACGUGACCACCCCGCCCACCGCACGUACCGUGACCCGACGUCCGGCGGUGGGAGAGCGGCAGAGCAGCAUGGCCGUCCUAGCCGCCGGCGCUUUGCUGCCGCUGCUGGCCGCGGGCCUGUUGGUGGCGCUGCUGGCGCUGGCCUACAAGCAGUUGAGCGGCUACCUGAGAAAAUGGGCCAUGAUGCAGCCCAUCCCGGCCGUCUGCCGCACCUACCCCUUUGUCGGAAACGCGCUGGAGUUGAAGACCGACGCUAUAGAAUUCUUCAAGCAAAUUCAGGGUUACACCGAUGUAUUCCGUGACGCGCCGCUGGUCAAACUCUGGCUGGGUACCGUGCCCUUCGUCAUUCUCUAUCACGCCGAGACUGUUGAGCCUAUCGUGAGCAACCCGGCCCACAUGGACAAAUCCGAUGUCUACAGCUUCCUCCAUCCGUGGCUCGGAACCGGUCUGCUCACAAGCACGGGCGCAAAGUGGCGGGAGCGGCGCAAGAUGCUGACCCCGACCUUCCACUUCAGCAUCUUGCAAGACUUCCUGGAAGUGAUGAACGAGCAGGCCCAGGUCCUGGUGGACAAGUUGGCCUCGCGGGCAGGCGCCGGCCCCUUUAACUGCUUCAAUUGCGUCACGCUCUGUGCCUUGGACAUCAUCUGCGAAACGGCCAUGGGAAAGAAAGUCUACGCUCAAAGCAAUUCCGAGUCCGAGUACGUCCAGAGCGUCUACAAGAUGAGCGAUAUCAUCAGUCGCAGACAGAGGGCGCCGUGGUUCUGGCCCGACUUGACGUAUAAAUACUUUGGCGAGGGCAAGUUGCACGACAGCACGCUCAAAACGCUGCAUUCCUUUACUUUGGAGGUGAUCCGCGAGCGGGCGCAGAGUCUGAAGCCGGAGGACGAGUCGGGGGGCCGGAAGAGGCGAGCGUUCCUCGACAUGCUGCUCCAAACCAAAGACCAGGACGGAAACGCUAUGAGCCAUCAGGACAUUCAGGAGGAAGUGGACACCUUCAUGUUCAGGGGCCACGAUACCACGGCGGCCUCCAUGAACUGGGCGCUUCACCUGCUGGGCUCUCAUCCCGACGUGUGCCGUAAAGUUCAACGCGAGCUUCAGGAAGUGUUCGGUGAGUCAGAACGCGUAGCUAGCAUGGAGGACCUCAAGCAGCUCAAGUACUUGGAGUGCGUCAUCAAGGAGGCCCUGCGUAUCUUUCCCUCGGUCCCUUUCUUCGCACGUAGCAUCCGCCAAGACACCAAAAUCAACGGUUUCACAAUACCCAGCGGCACCAACGCCGUAGUCCUCCCCUUCGCUCUCCACCGAGAUCCUCGCUACUUCCCCGACCCCGAGGAGUUCCGACCUGAGCGCUUCCUGCCGGAAAAUUCCACCGGAAGGCCGCCGUACGCAUACAUCCCCUUCUCCGCCGGCCUCCGCAACUGUAUAGGUCAGCGCUUCGCCAUCAUGGAGGAGAAGGUGGUGCUGUCGUCCAUUUUGCGGAAAUUUCACGUGAAAGCCCACCAGUCGCGCGAGCAGCUGAUUCCGACGGGCGGUCUCAUCUUGCGACCCGAAAGCGGCAUCUGGAUCCAGUUGGAAAAGCGUGCCUGAAAAAAACAAGCAUUUUUCAUUCUCAAGUAGUGCCGCAAGCUAAAACUAACCAGUGUAAACUAAAACAGCACAAUCGCAUCACAUUUUUUCUGCUCAAUUGUAAAGAUAUUCAAUGAUCUUAAUAUAUCAUUAACAAUAAAUGAAUGAAACUGUUGGUUGCCAUUGACAGCAAUAGACGUCUAAUCCCUAUGAAGUGAAUGAACAAACGAAUGUUAAUUUUCAUCCUGAGGAAAAUCACCACAGUUUCAGAAAAUUUUGAAACAUUUUUGGCAAAAACAAACAAAACAAAACUCCUAUUAUGAUAUCAUACAUUUUUCCUUUUUCAGUAGUGCUGCAAGCUAAAACUGUCCAUUGUAAACAAAAUCAGCACAAUUACAUAACACAAAUGUCCAUUUUCUUCCUUUGGAAAAUCACCAUUUUAGAAAAUACCAACAUUUUUGGCAAAAAAACCCCCAAAACAAAACAAAACUACAUUUUUGACCUUUUUACCUUUCAAAAUGAUCAUUUUUUUUUUAAAAAUGAAAAAGCCAAAAAAAUGGGGAAAAAAAUCUCAUUCAUCAUGAAAUAAAAGUAAAAUAUUUAUAGAUUUGACUAAAAAUCAGGAAAAAAAAAUAUAUAGAUAUAUUUUUUUAAUGAAUUAUUAAAGCUUCAAAUGGAUUGGACGUCUACUCAUUUCAUCUGACAGCUGAAGGACGACAUCAAUCAUCUUCAUUGUCCCUGAAAGGGUUCGUAUUGAUAUCGGAA